UCAACAACAGUAAAACAUGGCUUUCUCCUAUCUAAUGCUUGUUUUGUGUUUGGUUUAUCAUGCCCAUUGUGUAAAACCAGGGACAGCAUGGGAUGACAUGGCCCAAAUGGAACUUAACGAAGCACUCCGGAUAGUCCCGAACACUAACAUGGCCCGGAAUAUCAUCCUGUUCCUAGGAGACGGCAUGAGCAUCUCCACGGUAACGGCCUCCAGAAUUCUUCAAGGUCGCCAGAAAGGGGCGCUAGGAGAAGAGAAUUAUUUGGCCUUUGAAAAAUUUCCUAACACAGCCCUUGUAAAGACUUAUUGCAGCGACCGGACCACGCCAGAUUCGGCCGCUACCGCCACUGCCCUACUGUGUGGUGUCAAGACAAACUACCACACCCUGGGGGUCAAGGACACCACUGUACUGGGGGACUGUUCCUCCCAGUUUGGGAACGAAGUAGACAGUAUACUGGACUGGUUUAACACGGACGGAAGAUCUACGGGAAUAGUAACAACCUCUCGUAUCACACACGCGACCCCAGGGGCUGGAUACGCCCACUCCGCCGACAGAGACUGGGAGGGGGACUCCGAGAUGGAGGGGGUGACCGGUGGGUGUAAGGAUAUAGCCCACCAACUGGUUCAAGAAAAUCAACACAUUAAGGUCCUGUUUGGUGGUGGUCGAUACUAUUUUCUUCCAAAUACAACGUCUGAUCCUAAAUAUGGCGCCAAAAACACCGACAAGCAGCGGAGAGAUGGACGUGACCUAAUUGAGGAAUGGCAGACGGACAAAAGAGCGCGUGGUUUGCGAUCCAAAUACGCCUGGAACAGACAGCAGCUUCAGGACAUCAAUCCAGACGACACAGACGUGGCUCUUGGUCUUUUUAAUGACGGCCACAUGAGUUUUGAGUUAGAUCGAGACAACAGUACAACAGGAGAACCCAGUAUAGCUGAAAUGACAGAGAAGGCAAUCAAAAUCCUCAGGAGAAAUUCCAACGGAUUCUUCUUAUUGGUCGAAGGAGGACGUAUAGAUUCCGCUCACCAUGACAACAACGCUAAGCGGGCUCUCUAUGACGCGCUGGCGUUUGAGAAGGCUAUCAGAGAGGCGUUAGAACUAGUGGACAGUUCCGAUACCCUGGUGUUGGUGACUGCUGACCACUCACAACCACUAAUUAUAGCAGGAUACGCCUCUCGCCAAAACAGCUUGUUUGGUUAUGUUGACACAGUUAAGACAAAACAUAUUCCGAAAGACGGAGUUUUGUGGACGACUUUAUUGUAUGGGAUUGGUCCAGGUUAUGACUGGGGAAAACGAACAAACAAGACUACACAGCAACUGGAGAGUAAAGACUACAUCCAAGGUUCAGCUUUUCCCAGAAAAUCCAGCACACACGAUGGUCAGGAUGUGGCGGUGUACGCACGUGGUCCCAUGUCCCAUUUAUUUAACGGGGUGCACGAGCAACAUUACAUUAAUUACGUCAUGACGUAUGCAGCGUGCGUCGGACGACAUAAGAAUAACUGUGGAUCAGAGUCACGAAUAACCAGCACUGGACUACUAACCAGAAGUUACGCAGUAUUGGUGUAUUUUGCAUUGGUUUUGUUUAUGUAUAACACAUAAAGCAUAUGUACUUUUA